AUUCACCUAAAGCACCUGAACUAACUAUAAGUGGGGAAGUGUACCUGAAUAGAACCUCAGGCCAGGCCGGCCGGCAGGCAUCCAGGCACUGAAGGGCGGGACUGACCGCCUAGCGGGAUCACCAGGAACUUUCCCACUUAUGGUUAGCGCCGUCAUGUUGCGCCUGGAGCAUCUCUCAGGCCAGACCAGUCCCGAUUUGAACCUGGUGCACCCCGUGAUCACCAACCCCAGCGACCAAUUCGCAAAAGCAUCAAAAUUCCUCGUCAGCAAUCGCUACGGAGUCGACCGCGAACCCUGCUUAGGCGAUUUCCGGACUCUUUGCGCCCAUCCUCACCCCUCUCCGUGCGCUUGUUUCUUCCGUCUUCUCUGUGAGAUAGCACUCGCUGCGGUCCACUGAGAGACGUGCGAUUUGGGUCGUGGGGUGGUCUCGGUCGUUGUGGAGACGAGGAUCUGCCAUCCAUCGAAAUAAUCAAACAAACCAAGAUCCGACUGCGAUCAUACCCAUACACUUCGCCCACUCCCGUACCUGUGUACAGUUUCGCGAUCAUCCGCCGCGAUGGGGUUCGGUGAUUUCGACACCAUCUGCGAAAAAGCGGCAUUGCCGCUUUGCGCCCUGGUGGGCCCCGCCUCGUCGAUUACAGGUUCCACCGGAAUCAUUCCCAACUGCUAUGCGAGAAAUGUCGAGGUCGCCAACACGAUCAUCUUCGAGGGCGCUGCAUCGUUUGUCCAUAUUAUUGCCCUGGGCAUGACGGUGAUUAUGAUCUUGCACAUCCGGUCCAAGUUCACUGCGGUCGGUCGCAAGGAGAUUAUCACGUUCUUCUAUAUCUACAUGCUUUUGACAAUGUGCUCCUUGAUCAUCGAUGCGGGAGUUGUUCCCCCACGGAGCGGGCCGUUCCCAUAUUUUGUUGCCGUUCAGAGCGGACUGACCUCCUCGCUGUGUACAUCUUUACUCGUCAACGGGUUCGUGGGCUUUCAGCUCUACGAGGAUGGGACUGCGCUUUCCGUCUGGCUACUGCGAUUGACAUCAGUGGCCAUGUUCGCCAUAUCUUUCCUCGUGUCGCUACUGACCUUCAAGUCGUGGGGUGGUCUGAGUCCGACCAACACCGUCGGCAUGUUCGUGGUCUUGUACCUGUUAAAUGCGGUAUGCAUUGCCGUGUAUCUAAUCAUGCAGUUGCUGCUGGUGAUGAACACCCUCGAGGACCGCUGGCCGCUGGGCCACAUCUGUUUCGGUGUGUUGGUGUUUAUCUGCGGACAGGUCAUCCUGUACGGAUUCAGCGACACCAUCUGCGACAACGUACAGCACUACCUCGACGGACUCUUCUUCGCCACAUUCUGCAACCUCCUUGCCGUCAUGAUGGUCUACAAGUUCUGGGAUUACAUCACCAAGGAAGAUCUGGAAUUCUCCGUCGGCAUCAAGCCCAACACGUGGGAAGUGAAAGAACUCCUCCACGAGGAGGACCGCCGACAGGCGGGCUUCCAGGACUCGAACUCGGAGUACGCCGGAAGCAUGUAUCACCAUCGCGCGUCGACCUAUAACGUCCACCAGUAUUAACCUUCCACCGCGUUGUCUUUUUCACCCGUUUAUCAUAUGAUUUUUUAUGAGUUUUUUUCUCGCAUAAAUUGAUGAAUUUGAGUUCACUAGCGGGCACGAACUGAACUCUUUCCGACGAAACCCGUUGUCUUCACGCACUACCGACGAAUGGAUUCGAGCGCCAUGUUGCGUAUACAGCAUUUCUCUCCACCCUUAAUUUGGGGUUGAACUGCUGCCUAGACACUUCCCUGUGCAUUAGCAUCUGCCAUAUAAGCUUCUUACGCUGCGCUGUAUAUCUUAUUAAUCUACUACAUCC